AAGCUUUCAUGAAUCAUAUGCAACACAUAUAUGCAAUGAAAGUUUGAAAAGCACGUAGGCUAGAUCUAGAGACCUAAAGUUGAAAAUCUAGUCAGUCAACGAGAGUUAUUUCCAUUUUGGAAAGAUAAAGUCAGAUUAUAUAGAAUGGGAAUAUCUGAGGAAAUAUUUGGAAAAUCAAAACAAGGGGCUGAAGUUAAGAGAUAUACUUUAACAAAUAAAAAUGGUAUAACAGUUAAAAUAUUAGACUAUGGUGGAAUAAUAACAGAUAUACAUGUUCCUGAUAAAGAUGGAAAAAUGGGAGAUAUAGCUCUUGGUUUUGAUGACAUGCCAGGCUAUGAAGAAAGAAGUCCAUAUAUGGGAGCAAUUAUUGGUCGAGUUGCUAAUCGUAUAGCUGGAGGUCAGUUUGAGUUAGAUGGUCAGAAAUAUUCUCUAUUCAUUAACAAUGGACCUAAUUCUUUACACGGUGGAAAAAUUGGUUUUGACAAGGUUAUAUGGAAAAGUGCAGUAAAUGGAGACAAGCUAUCGUUGACGUAUGUCAGUGCUGAUGGUGAAGAGAAUUAUCCAGGGGAAGUAACUGUUCAUGUUGAUUAUCAGUUAGAUGAUGAGAAUCGACUGAACUUAAACUAUAGAGCUACUACAACAAAAUCAACACCUAUUAAUUUAACCAAUCAUUCUUACUUUAAUCUUGGUGGCCAUGCCAGUGGAAGUAUAGAUGAUCAUGUGGUGACAAUACAUGCUGAUAGUUAUCUCCCUUUAGAUGAUACCUCUAUACCAACAGGUGAAAUUAGGAAAGUUGAUGGUAGUCUAAUGGAUUUAAGAAGUGGUGUAAAGAUGGUUGAUAAAUUAUCAGUGGUAAAUGAGGGAAAAGGAUAUGAUAACAAUUUUAAUAUAAAUGAUACUGGCAGCUUACAGCUAGCAGCAAGGGUAGAUCAUCCUCCUACUGGAAGAUUUAUGGAAUGUUAUACAACCUGUCCUGGUCUACAGUUUUAUACAAGUUAUUAUUUUGAUGACAUCACAGGGAAAGCUGGAGCUGUUUAUCGAAGAUUUGAUGCUUUAGCCUUGGAAGCUCAAGGUUACCCUAACAGCAUUAAUCAGAAAAAUUUUCCAUCGAUUGUGCUGCAUCCAGAAGAGACCUACCAACAACAAACAGUUUAUAAAUUCGGAGUGAAAAAUUGAGGAUUUAAUAAUCCUUAUAUUUUUUAUAAUGUACUAAUAUUAUAAUCCUUUCUUAAAAGUGGCAAUAUUGUUAUUAAAAACUAUGUCUAGUCUUUGCAUUAAUUUAAAACAUGCCAUCCAUUGCCAUCUACAAUGUUUAAUUAAUCUAAUACUUCAAUUAACUGAUGAUCAAAAUAAUGGUGCACAUUAUGGAAAGAUAAACGUUGACUGUUAUUCAAGAAUAUUGCAAGCACCACAGCUGAAUUUCUAAAUUAAUAUGCAUAUAUUCAGCCAUAAUUAUGAAUAAAGAAAGGGUGAUUUAUAUAUAUCAAUAUAAAUUAUUCGGGCUUGCAUCAACUCAUUUAUACUUGAAAUUUUAAAACGAUAUUAAAAUGAAUAAAGGGUGAUUAUUAAUAUAAAUUUUUCUAGCUUGCAUCGACUCAUUUAUACUUGAAAUUUUCAAGCGAUAUUAAAUUGUUGAUUUCAUAUGUUAAUUUGCUUUAUAGGAUGACAACCUGUCUCUAUAGAUCAGUCCAGAGUUAAGAUAUAACAGCUUUUGUUUUCCACUGUUGAAAAAAUAAGCCAAAAAUGGAACUAAAAUUAGUAAAGAAGCACACUUCACCUAAUAUUUCAAAACCAAAAUUUAAUCAUACACAUGCUUUGUGAAAUUUGCUUACAAUAAUUUUAGAACUAACAUGACAACUUUGAUGUUUGAGGGUUUAUUAGGGGGCAGGUCUCUUGUCUCUGUUUUAUAUAUUGUAUAUUAUAAGAUUUUUCAUUUAUGAAAUAAAGAGAUUUAUUUUUAGCUAUUUUUUUUACAUAGGGUAUUUUUAAUGUAAAUCUAAAAGAAUUUGUAUGUGUUAAAUAUUUUUCCCAUUUUAAAUGGCAGCUUAAUAUUAUCGAAAUAUUGUCUAGAGUGAUCAUAUAUAUGUUUAUAUAGAAAUAUUGUUUAGGGGAACAUAUAUGUUUAUAUAGAAAUAUUGUUUAGGGGGAUCAUAUAUGUUUAUAUAGAAAUAUUGUUUAGGGGAACAUAUAUGUUUAUAUAGAAAUAUUGUUUAGGGGAACAUAUAUGUUUAUAUAGAAAUAUUGUUUAGGGGGAUCAUAUAUGUUUAUAUAGAAAUAUUGUUUAGGGGAACAUAUAUGUUUAUGAUAGAAAUAUGUUUUUGAGCAACAAAUGUGUUUAUAUAGAAGUAUUGUUUAGAGGGAUCAUGACUAUUAUUGUUUAUAUAGAAAUAUAUGUUUAAGAGGUUAUAAUAUACUGGUGUUUGUGAUUAAAUAAUAGCUUGUUUACAUAUAAAUUACUAAAAACUUUAA